AUGAACCCUGGCGUAGAGGUCCCCGUGUUGUUCUAUCCCCAGGACGUCAAGGUUCGGGCAAUGGAGAAGGCGGCCACUGCCAAGGCUCACUUCGAGACGUACUACAACGACUUGUUGCAGGACGGUCCAUCACCUCGCUCCGCAAGGCUUGAUGGCAUAAGGUCCGUCCUAGAUAGCAGCCCCAUGGUACUACCUGAAGACAGGAAGGAGCUCGAAACCGCAUUUUUUCAACAGGAAACCCAUCAUCUGCGGCAGUCCAGGGUUCUGAAGUGGGAAAGUCUUCGCGCUGCUAAUCGCCUUGUCGAUAACGGCCAAGGACCAUGCGCGAAGAAGUACUCGACGCUCAAGAACUUGGGCAAGGGAAGCUUUGGCGUUGUACGCCUGGUUCGAGAAAAAGGUGAUGGAGACCUCCAGAGCGGUCAACGGCGCCAGAAGAAUGUGUACGCCAUGAAGGUGAUCAGAAAGACAGACAUGAUCCGCAGUUCACAGGAAGGUCACUUACGUGCCGAGCGGGACUUCCUUAUUGCGUCCGAAACCUCCGAAUGGAUAGUCCAGCUGAUAUCCAGCUUUCAGGAUGCUACGAAUCUCUAUCUCGUCAUGGAGUACAUGCCAGGAGGCGACUUUCUUGGUCUUCUCAUCCGUGAGAACAUCCUAGAGGAGCAUGUCGCCCGCCAUUACGUCGCUGAGAUGGUGGUUUGCGUGGAGGAGGCCCAUCGUCUGGGCUUCAUACAUCGCGAUGUCAAGCCUGACAACUUUCUCAUUGAUGCCCAUGGGCACCUGAAAAUUUCCGAUUUUGGACUGGCUUUUGACGGUCGAUGGCAACAUGACACGGCUUACUACCUCUGGCAACGCGACGACCUUAUGCGUAAUCUGGGCAUUGCCGUCGAGGGCGAUGCGACCGAUCAGAAGGAGGACACAAAAACGUCAAAGGCGCACAAGCGUCACCAAGAUCGGGUCGAAAGAGAGAGGCACAAGCCUCCAUCCUGUUUCCGGGCGAACGCCGAAGGCGGCGAACAGAUCCCCCUCGUGGGCAGCCUGCUAGAUUGGCGGGCCACAAGGAACCGCACAUACGCCAAGUCUGUUGUUGGCACCAGCCAGUACAUGGCUCCUGAAUGUCUGUAUGGGUGCACGCCGUUUCUUGCCGAGGGAGGCCGUCAUGACACAAAGAAGAAGAUUCUCGCCCACGAUGCAUCGACCUUUGAGUUCCCGAGGGACAUACCCGACGUCAGUUACGAGUGCCAGCACCUCAUUUUACAACUACUUCAGAACCAGGAAUCCCGUUUGUCAUCUCCAAAGUACCACAGCCAAGACCCUCUUGCACCGCAGCACUAUGUAUUUGCCGAGGAUGAUGCGAUCGACAUCAAGAACCACCCCUGGUUUCAGUAUCUUGAUUGGAACCAUCUGCACCGGAUGACACCUGGUUUCGUACCACACCUCCACGCCUCGGACGAUACACGCUACUUCGACGAGGAUGAGCCCGUCUCGGACUGGUCAGAGACGGCGGAGUCGGAAGAACCCGUCAUUUCGCCGCACAAGAUGAAGCGACUGCUGCGGCGUGAAGGGUUCUGUAGCCGGUCCAUUGGCAGCUUCAUGGGGUACAUUGCCACGCCUUUCGACACGACAAGACUACGGCAGAUUGACCAACGAAUCGAAGGCAAGGCGCACUUCAGCGAGGAAGACAAACACGUUCUCAAGUAUCUCGUGCGAAAGUUUGGAUGCAAAGAGCGCAAGGGGGCGCGGGACAUUCUUCUGCGAGACCCCACGACGCGGCGAGACGUCAUGAACGUGCGAAAGCAGAAGGCUUUUGUCGACUACACGUGGAAAAGGGCGCCGGCGCUGCCUUGCGUGCCGGUUACCGCGGUAGACGAUGAUGGCGUGUGGUACCAUGAGGAGAUGACGGAGACGUCCCAGCAGGAAAGAAACGCGUACGAGGCCUAUGCCGCACAAAGGACGUACUGGGAACUGGAUGGACAGUAUGAAAUAGGCGGGGGGCCGUACGCCAUGGUCAACACCAUGUACUGGCAGGGGCAGCAGCAGUACGAGCAGCGGCUCGACAGACCGUACUUUUGGGACGGAGAGUAUCGAUAG